ACCGUAAACAGAAAGCGGAAACAAUAGGGAACCACAAACACACACCCUUGUCUUGGCGAUAUACUCAGGGAAAUAAAAUACCUUUACCUUUUAAGCAAUACUAUUAAAUAGACAUCUAAGAAAAUACGAAGUCGACGAGUACUUAGGGGCAUUUUACUAAGUUGGUCACCAUGGCACUGAAAAGAAUACAGAAGGAGCUUCAUGACCUGCAGAGGGAUCCGCCAGCACAGUGCUCUGCUGGACCCGUGGGAGAGGACUUGUUCCAUUGGCAAGCAACAAUAAUGGGGCCAGGUGAUAGUCCAUACCAAAGUGGGGUCUUCUUUCUCACAAUCCACUUCCCCACCGACUAUCCCUUCAAGCCACCAAAGGUAGCAUUCACAACAAAGAUCUAUCAUCCAAACAUCAACAGUAACGGGAGCAUUUGCUUGGACAUUUUGCGAUCCCAGUGGUCUCCAGCAUUAACUGUAUCAAAAGUUCUGUUGUCCAUAUGUUCGUUGCUUUGUGACCCGAACCCGGACGACCCCUUAGUUCCAGACAUAGCACAGAUCUACAAACUAGACAAAGAGAAAUACAAUAGACUAGCAAGAGAUUGGACUCAGAAGUAUGCAAUGUAAAGGCCCUCCUGAAGAUGUUUUUUAAAGUCACAAAACACUGUACAUUCUGGUAAUAGAAAGUAAACUUAGGUGAUAUGGAACACAUUGUACUGUCAACAUUUAUCAUGUGAACCCAUGAACUAUAGAUGAUUUUGUGUUUACAGGGGGUAUACACUGCACAUAUGUACAUUAAGGGUGAUAGAUAUGGGGGACAACAACUGUACAUUGUUGUUAUCCCUACUUCCUGGUUUUGGGAACUUUUGUUUCUUGUCUCAUGAAUGGAAGAGGAAGUCAUUAGAAUAUUGUAGCCUGCUGUUCCAGUCAUCAGAAUAUUGUAGCCUGCUGUUCCAGUCAUCAGAAUAUUGUAGUCUGCUGUUCCAGUCAUCAGAAUACUGUAGCCUGCUGUUCCAGUCAUCAGAAUACUGGAGCCUGCUGUUCCAGUCAUCAGAAUACUGGAGCCUGCUGUUCCAGUCAUCAGAAUACUGGAGCCUGCUGUUCCAGUCAUCAGAAUACUGGAGCCUGCUGUUCCAGUCAUCAGAAUACUGUAGCCUGCUGUUAGUCAUCAGAAUACUGUAGCCUGCUGUUAGUCAUCAGAAUACUGUGGCCUACUGCUACAGUACAACAUACUCAUGGCUCUGCUGACUCACCCAUAAAGAGGGAAAUUGAGGAAUCAAACCAAUUUUACAGUUUUUUUUUUUAUUGUAUCAAACUAUUCUGGACCUACUUUAGUUGUUUUAGCAUUAAGUCAGAACUUGUAUCAUUAAAACAUUGAAAUACAUUCUCUGCCAUUAACAGUGAUUUAGGGGCUUCAGUUAUGGCUUAUGCUGUUUAGCACUUUUGUAUAAUUAAAGAAUGGUACACUUUUUA